AUGAGAAGAUUAAUUGUUAAUUAAACAAGAAGCAAGACAGUUGCUGCUCGUCCAUCAGCAAAUCUUGAUCGUAUCAAUAAAUGGUUGCAAACUUUGAGUGCUAAAGCUAACACAUUAGAAAGCAGAUUUUAUGCAUCUUAAUUGAGUUCUUUGUUUAAUUUCUAUUCAAAACCUUCAACAGGUGCUGCUCAAGAAAUUGAUUGGAAUCAUUGGAAAGAGUAGAUCACCACUGAAGGAUUGGUUGAUAAAGUUUAAAAAGGACAUGACACCUUAUUACAAAGGGAAUUUGAUGUUGAACGCAUCUGUCAUCAAGUUGUGUCUAGUCAAAGCAAAGAAUUAGAAGACUUAGAGAAUGAACUCACAUUCCAUAGUGCAGUCUGGAGUAACUACUAUUUGGAUCAACACUUGGCUUUAUUAGAUUUAGAAUAAUAUGGAGACAGAAAUAGCUAUGUCAUUCAUGAGGAUUACGAUUUCUAUCCUAGGAUUAGAAGCAGACUUAGAAGAAUUGACAGAAACUCACAAUUGGAUUCCAGGUUCAAAGGAUGAUAUCAAUUUGAAGGGUUACAUGGUCUCAUAAUUCUAAUGGGGCAAAAAAAUCAUCUCAUUCUACAGACAUCCUUGUGAUGACUUCAAGGCUGCAAGAGGUACCAAGAACAUUUUGGGUAGAUGAGCUUUCAUAUAUUACAAUACAUUAACAAGAAUUAAAAUCUUUACAUUCUAUAA